GCGAAUGGUUUUUUUGUUGGCUUGUCAGGCGGCACGAGACUCGCGGCUUUUAGCAUGCAGUUGUUGAAAUGAAAUGCGAGAAAAUUUCGAAACCAUCAUCAGACACGCGGCUGCUGAAAUAUUUCCAUUAAACUUGUACUCCGGCACCUGUGAAUUAACAAAUCGAAGUGUAUCUGAAGUUAUUGAGUUGGAGCAUUUAGAUUUCACAUCAAUAUAAACAGGAUUGCGACAUAAAUGGUAAGUCAUCAUAGCGAGCUAGAGGCUAGCUGGCUAACGGCUAGUCUGGUUUGGCUAACUUUAACUAGCUAGCUAACGUUACAUUGCUGGCAAAAUAAUGGCAGUGUAGAAUUGUCAAUACUGUCUAGGUGGCUAGCUUUUUUUUUUACUCCUUUCUGCUGUGGUUACAUUUCUAGCUAAAGGAAAGACAAGUUUAUUCAAAGUUCAACUAGCUAACUAGUAUUUGAAUAUUCAAAACAAUGCCAUUGUGUGUUGCAUGGUGUGUACUUUCAGUGAAUCAAACAGACAACAAUAUUGUCUGCCUCCACUUUCCUGAUUUCAUCCAAGUUGUUGAAGACAAGUUACAAUCCUGAAGAGACCGAUUCAAAAAAAAAAAAUGAUGUAUUCACUAACUGUAAGUCGCUCUGGAUAAGAGCGUCUGCUAAAUGACUAAAAUGUAAUGUAAAUGUAAAUAUGUGUCUUGUUGGUCUGAGCAACGUUGCCACAGCUGUCUCCUAAGCACGUUAUUUAUUGUCAAGCAGUAUUUCCAAGGAAGGGCCACAUCAUGGUCCAUUCAGUUUCAGCAACUCUGUUGCUAUGAUCAGCUGUAGCUAAAUACUGUUAACAUUUUCAGACGGCUGAGCUGUGAAUGGCACUAUGGCCUCUACCUAGCAUGUAGGACGGUGUAAAAGCAGCAUGUGACCAUGCCUACUUUACAUUCUAACCACAAUGUGAUUGUUGUCACACUAGAGAGAGAGACUAAAACAAUAGUCUUGCAAUGCCAGCCAUACAUUGCCAUUCUCAACACUGUCAGUGCAGGUGACUGUCAUGUCAUCAUUGUGUAGGAUUCUACUGUCUGACCUGCUGUCAGUUCAGUUCAAACCAGCAUCCUUUAUUUACGUGGCGUUUCAUUGACUCAUUCUUUACAGGCAGAAACUCUACAUAAACAAUGACAUAACAUUGAGCAAUGACAACCAGGAAAUUCUCCUCUCUCUUUAAGGACCUCUCUCUCUGACUGUCCCAAAUGGCACCCUAUUCCCUAUAUAGUCCAGUACUUUUGGGCCCCCUGGUCAAAAGUAUUGCACUAUAUAGGGAAUAGGAUGCCAUUGGGACGCAGCCUCUAUCUAUCCGGUUGUAGCCUGAGGUGCAGUUACAGCUCAGGGUGCAUAGCUACAUGCCUUUGCGUGGAGGGACUUGAUUGAGCCGUGAUGGGUUGGGUGAUAUCAUGAUCCUUAAUCAGGAUUUUCUUCAUUCCUUGGCUCAAACCGUCUCUGUGUAUCUCAUUGCCUCUUUCUGGUGUUAUUGUCAUGGCUAUAAGCCAGAGGAGCUGUCAAAACCGUAGGCUAUUGCAAAAGUGAAAACAUGCACACACUGUUACAGGAAAUGUGUUGUGUAGACGAACAAAUAAAAUACUAAACAUUCAAAGAAAAUAGAUUUGAAUCAUGCUUCCUUAAAGGUGGCCUAUCCCUGAAGGAGGCGGUCGGUGUUGUUGUGUUGAUGGAAACUGGCAAGCUCUGUCUCCUAGGAAAACACUGAGUCACACUCCCCAGUCCCCACAGCUCUACUGUGAAAAAUAAAUAUACUCUUGGUUACAAGGUUCAAACUAAGGCAAGCUCCAAGAUGGAUUGAAGCAUGUUUACAUUUACGUCAUUUAGCAGACACUCUUAUCCAGAGCGACUUACAAAUUGGUGCAUUCACCCUAUAGCCAGUGGGACAACCACUUUACAAUUAUUAUUAUUUAAUUUUUUAUUUUUUUAGGGGAGGGGGGGGGUAGAAGGAUUACUUUAUCCUAUCCCAGGUAUUCCUUAAAGCGGUUCAGACUGAGACACACCUACACACACCUUGUUCUUCUUCUUAUUUGAUUCUUCUUCAUCUAUCUACUUCCUAUUUUUCUUCUUCUUUAUUGAACGGCACUGUGUCUUUCUAUUCCAGCAUUAACUUCCUGGGGCGUAUUGGUCUUACCAGGCUGGUUCUCCAGUGUACCAACCCUGGUGUCUGAGAGAUCUACCCUGAUCGGGAGGAGAUGAGCUGGGCAGAGGAGGACUGGACGGUGGGCCUGUCUGGCCGGACCCUGCAGAAGGUCAAGGAGCUGCAGGUCCAGCAAGAGAGGCUGAACCGAGAGAGACAGCAGAAACAGCUGCAGCUAGACAGCACACAGACCUCCCUCAACAAACAGACUGUCAAGGUACUGCACGAACAAGUCCAAGUUAGGCAGAGAAAGUUGUCACCCGAGUAGGUGAUGAUUACAGUAGAGAUAGAUAAGAGAUUGAGCUGUAAAAAGAACAAUAGCAAUGCAGCACUUUGCUCAGCUGGUUUAACACCUGUUUAAGGUGCUUCUCCUCUCAUUAUUCCCUUAUGCUGUGAAAACCCUUCUGCUUUAGUCAUGUUUGUCCUUAGUAGCCUAAACACCAGUCUGUUGUUGCUUUUAGCCAAUUGCUAUGUUGUUGUCGUCAUGCAAAGUUGGUUAAAGCACAAACAGACUGGCACCCAGACUAGUGUCUGUAUACUACUUGUAUGUCAGGAAGUAGAUAGGGGUUUUCCUGGUAUUAUUGAGUUGAUAUCUAUCCUCUGUCUGCCCAUCUCCUCUCCCCUCUCCUCUCCAGUAUGAGGAGGUGCGCGGGGAGCUGCAGUGUGUACAGAGGGAGUUACAGGGGGCUCGUGAGGAGGUGCAGGCAGGUGUGUGUGCGCGGGAGCGUCUCUCUCAGGAUCUCCAAGUGAAACAGGCCCAGGUGUGUUCACUUGAGGGACAGCUGGGCUCGGCACGAACCCUCACACACACCCUCGAAAAGGAGGUCAAAAGGUGAGUAGCAGCAGCUACAGGUGUGUGUGUUGAGUUAAUGUGUGUAUGGAAGUGGAACAUGUCUUGGAAUGUUUGAGAUUAGGAACUGCUUAGUGGCAUAACAUUUUUUAUUAUGUUUAUAUGCACAGAAGGAGGGUGUGGGUGUGCAGUUCAAUGUCUGGCUUUAAAACACAUUUAUCUGUCCUUGGUUUCCUGUGUUUCUCUCUCUCUCAGGUUGGAGGCGGAGCUAGAGAAGUUACAGACCACUAGCAGCUCUGGAGAUUCCAUGUUGUUUUCCACCCCAUGCUGGAAUAUGACAUCACCACGGGACCACAAUGGUACAGCACACUCUACUCACUCUAUUGAUUUCCUCUCGCACCACCCUUUUUCUCUCUCUUGCUAUCUUCCUUCCAUUUUCCCCCAUGGCACUCCUAGUCUUCUCUCCCUUUGGUCCUGGUCUCAGGCUGUGUAUGUCAGGAGAGCUCUUUCUUAGCUGAGUCUUAGUGUUGCUGAGGAACUUAACUAUGGAUGUUGUGUCCCAGUAGGUGGGAGACAGGAGGACAGGCAGGGACAGAGUGAAGAGGGGGACAAUAAAUCACUACACGUCAGAGUGAGUUCAAAACCUAAAACUGAGGCCUUCUCAGCCAACCAGCCACACAUGUUCUGAACACAGUGUAUUCUCUGUCAUCCUACCAUAUGGGUUCACAGUGCGAUAACACCGUGCUGUAGCUGCACUUGUUUUCAUCCCUCUCUCCCUCUCUCUUUUUUCCUCCCACCUUCAGCAACAUCUCAAGUUCGCAGAACCUGCAUUCUCACCCACGCCCAUGUUCCCACAACAACAAGCCAAGGGCACGCCCCACCGGCGCCUGUCACACCAAUCAGACUCCUCCACUCCCUCUGCUGUGUUUCCGUGGGAACGGGAAGAUCCAAAGCCUUACGCCAGGGGACGACCCACUCCUCCUCCUUCUCUCCCCUCCUCCAGCGAUGUCAUCAGACGAGGCCAGGAAGCUGGGGAUUGUGGGAUGGUGGAUGACCUCAGGAGAGAGACAGACAGUACGUGUCACUUUGUCACCACACCACCUCUGUGUUAUCACUUAUUGACAGAUCACUGGUGUGCUCUGAUGUCAAACUCCACUCCAAAAACUGUGGUUUAUCAUAGUGUCACAACAGUACAGGCUGAUCAUAGGCCAGUAGUGUUGAGCGAUGAACUAAAAUGUUGAUAAUAAUUUGUUUUUUAUACAACUAAUUGACUGAUUAUUUAAAUUCCAUUAUUUUUUUCUUCUUCUUUCUGUUAGCUCAAUGCGCAGUUUCUCUAGCGAUAAAUCAGAUCAAGCCCAAACUGUGCGAUGUACAGUGCAUUCGGAAAGUAUUCAGACCCCUUUACUUUUUCUACAUUUUGUUACGUUACAGAGACUUAUUCUAAAAAGGAUUAAAUUGUAUUUUUUCCUCAUUAAUCUACACAUAGUACCCCAUAAUGACAAAGCAAAAACAGGUUUUUAGACAUUUUUGCACUUUUAUUACAAAUAAAAAAACGUAUAUCACAUUUACAUAAGUAUUUAGACCCUUUACUCAGUACUUUGUUGAAGCACCUUUGGCAGCGAUUACAGCCUUGAGUCUUCAUGGGUAUGACACUACAAGCUUGGCACACCUGUAUUUGGGGAGUUUCUCCCAUUCUUCUCUGCAGAUCCUCUCAAGCUCUGUCAGGUUGGAUGGGGAGCGUCGCUGCACAGCUAUUUUCAGGUCUGGUUCAAGUCCAGGCUCUUGCUGGGCCACUCAAGGACAUUCAGAGACUUGUCCUGAAGCCACUCCUGUGUUAUCUUGGCUGUGUGCUUAGGGUCGUUGUCCUGUUGGAAGGUGAACCUUUGCCCCAAUCUGAGGUCCUGAGCACUCCGGAGCAGGUUUUCAUCAAGGAUCUCUCUGUACUUUGCUAUGUUCAUCUUUCCCUCGAUCCUGACUAGUCUCCCAGUCCCCGCCGCUGAAAAACAUCCCCACAGCAUGAUGCUGCCACCACCAUGCUUUACCGUAGGGAUGGUGCCAGGUUUCCUCCAGACGUGACGCUUGGCAUUCAGGCCAAAGAGUUCAAUCUUGGUUUCAUCAGACCAGAGAAUCUUGUUUCUCAUGGUCUGAGAGUCCUCCCAGCUGCCCACUGCACUGAGGCUAUGAAACACUAUCACCACUGAUAAAUCUACAAUAAUCGAGAAUUUCAACAAGCAUUUUGCUACGGCUGGCCAUGCUUUCCACCUGGCUACCACUACCCCGGUCACCAGCUCUGCACCCUCCGCUGCAACUUGCCCAUGCCCCCCCCCCCCCCCCCCGCUUCUCCUUCACACAAAUUCAGACCGCUGAUGUUCUGAAAGAGCUGCAAAAUCUGGACCCCUACAAAUCAUCUGGGCUAGACAAUCUGGACCCUUUCUUUCUAAAAUUAGCUGCCCCAGAGAUUGGAAAGCUGCCGCGGUCAUCCCCCUCUUCAAAGGGGGUGACACUCUAGAUCCAAACUGUUACAGACCUGUAUCCAUCCUGCCCUGCCUUUCGAAAGUUUUUGAAAGCCAAGUUAACAAACAGAUCACCGACCAUUUCGAAUCACACCGUACCUUCUCCGCUAUGCAAUCCGGUUUCCGAGCUGGUCAUGGGUGCACCUCAGCCACGCUCAAGGUCCUAAACGAUAUUAUAACCACGAUCGAUAAUAGACAGUACUGUGCAGCCGUCUUUAUCGACCUGGCCAAGGCUUUCGACUCUGUAAACCACCGCAUUCUUAUUGGCAGACUAAAUAGCCUUGGUUUCUCAAAUGACUGCCUCGCCUGGUUCACUAACUACUUCUCAGAUAGAGUUCAAUGUGUCAAAUCGGAGGGCCUGUUGUCUGGACCUAUGGCAGUCUCUAUGGGGGUGCCACAGGGUUCAAUUCUUGGGCCGACUCUUUUCUCUGUGUAUAUCAAUGAUGUCACUCUUGCUGCUGGUGAUUCUCAGAUCCACCUCUACGCAGACGACACCAUUUUGUAUACAUCUGGCCCUUCAUUGGACACUGUGUUAACAAACCUCCAAACGAGCUUCAGUGCCAUACAACACUCCUUCCGUAGCCUCCAACUGCUCUUAAACGCAAGUAAAACUAAAUGCAUGCUCUUCAAUCGAACGCUGCUGGCACCUGCCCACCCGACUAGAAUCACUACUCUCGACCGGUCUGACCUAGAGUAUGUGGACAACUACAAAUACCUAGGUGUCUGGUUAGACCGUAAAUUCUCCUUCCAGACUCACAUUAAGCAUCCAAAGUUAAAUCCAGAAUCGGCUUCCUAUUUCGCAACAAAGCCUUCUUCACUCAUGCUGCCAAAUAUGCCCUCGUAAAACUGACUAUCCUACCGAUCCUUGACUUCGGCGAUGUCAUUUACAAAAUAGCCUCCAACACUCUACUCAGCAAAUUGGAUGUAGUCUAUCACAGUGCCAUCCGUUUUGUCACCAAAGCCCCAUGUACUACCCACCACUGUGACCUGUACGCUCUUGUUGGCUGGCCCUCACUACAUAUUCGUCGCCAAACCCACUGGCUCCAGGCCAUCUAUAAAUCACUGCUAGGCAAAUCCCUGCCUUAUCUUAGCUCGUUGGUCACCAUAGCAACACCCACCCGUAGUCUGCGCUCCAGCAGGUAUAUCUCACUGGUCAUCCCCAAAGCCAACACCUCCUUUGGCCGCCAUUCCUUCCAGUUCUCUGCUGCCAAUGACUGGAACAAACUGCAAAAAUCUCUGAAGCUGGAGAGACUUAUCUCCCUCACUAACUUUAAGCAUCAGUUGUCAGAGCAGUUUACCGAUCACUGCACCUGUACACAGCCCAUCUGAAAUUAGCCCACCCAACUACCUCAUCCCCAUAUUGUUAUUUAUUUUGCUCAUUUGCACCCCAGUAUCUCUAUUUGCACAUCAUCUUCUGCACAUCUAUCACUCCAGUGUUAAUACUAAUUGUAAUUAUUUUGCACUAUGGCCUAUUUAUUGCCUUACCUCCGUAACUUGCUACAUUUGCACACACUGUAUAUAUAUUUUCUAUUUUCUGUUAUAUUUUUGACUUUCUGUUUUGUUUUACCCCAUAUGUAACUGUGUUGUUUUUAUCGCACUGCUUUGCUUUAUCUUGGCCAGGUCGCAGUUGUAAAUGAGAACUUGUUCUCAACUGGCUUACCUGGUUUAAAUAAAGGUUAAAUAAAAAAUAAAAAAAUAAAAAAGGUGCCUUUUGGCAAACUCCAAGCUUCCGUCUGGCCACCUGAUUGGUGGAGUGCUGCGGAGAUGGUUGUCCUUCUGGAAGGUACUCCCAUCUCCACAGAGGAACUCUGGAGCUCUGUCAGAGUGACCAUCGGGUUCUCUGUCACCUCCCUGACCAAGGCCCUUCUCCCCCGAUUGCUCCGUUUGGCAGGGCAGCCAGCUCUAGGAAGAGUCUUGGUGGUUGCAAACUUCUUCCAUUUAAGAAUGAUGCAGACCACGGUGUUCUUGGGGACCUUCAAUGCUGCAGAAAUGUUUAGGUACCCUUCCCCAGAUCUGUGUCUCGACACAAUCAUGUCUCGAAGCUCUACAGACAAUUCCUUUGACCUCAUGGCUUGGUUUCUGCCCUGACAUGCACUGUGAACUGUGGGACCUUAUAUAGACGUGUGUGCCUUUCCAUAUCAUGUCCAAUCAAUUGAAUUUACCACAGGUGGACUGCAAGUUGUAGAAACAUCUCGAGGAUGAUAAAUGUAAACAGGAUGCACCUGAGCUCAAUUUCGAGUCUCAUAGCAAAGGGUCUGAUUGUUUAUGUAAAUAAGUGUUUUUUUGUGUGUAUAGAUUUGCAAAAAUUUCUAAAAACCUGUUUUCGCUUUGUCGUUAUGGGCUAUUGUGUGUAGAUUGAGGAAAAUGUUUUAUUCAACCAUUUUAGAAUAAGGUUGGAAUGUAACAAAAUGUGGAAAAAGUCAAGGGGUCUGAAUACUUUGAGUGCGCUGUAGUAGCGAGUUGUAGUUUCCAACAGGCCAAUAUUCUACAUCAGUGGUAUUCAAAGUCGGGGUCGAUGGGGAACUGCAGUGGGGUCGUCAAACUGUAAAAAAAAUGAUAAUGGGGGGAACGAAGAAUUAAGAAUACAGAUUAUUGUAUGGGACAAUGUACACGUUUUUGAGAAAUCUAAUUUGAAAGAUACUAUUUUAUUGAGUGAAUGUGUUUAUUGGUUUCUUUUCAUUUUGAUAAGCGAUAAAAAAUGCAAUACAUUUAAGGUUUUGUUGAUGUAAAAAUCGGAAUUUACAGAUUUUAAUGUUGUCAUUAGAUUUGGGGUGUGAUACAUGAUCUAAGUGAUUGAUAGUUGGUAUUCAGCAGUCAUAAAAGUAUGCCUUAUUUACUUUGAAGAACUACUAAAAUGGUGUUUAAAAAUAUAUAUAUAUAAAAAACCUUGAUUUUUUAAAAUGUAAUAAUCCAACCGAAAUGGAACCGACUUCAAAAAGCACUAAUCGCUCAGCACUAGAGGCCAGAUUUGAUACAUUCUGAUGUGUCUGGUCUCAUCUCUUGUAUUUCCAAGAAUCAGAGUAUUUGUUUUCCAUUAGUAGGCCAAUAAUAUAUGGGUUAUUUAUUUUUUGAGUGCUGGUUGGAGCAGGAAGGAUGCAGUUAAAAUUAAACCAGUUAAAAACUGUUAGCUUCCUUUGACAGCAGGAGGGCAGAGAGAGCGGCAAUGUUUGCUUUAGGUGUGAGUCAGAGAGAGUGUGUAAUCAGAAAUCAGGGAGUGUGUUUAGCCUGAAUACUCCCCAUUGUCUUUCCUGCUGGUCAGUAGACGCUGACUGCAGUAAUGGGCUUUGUGUCAUCCUGUAUGGCUCCAGACGCAUUGAAUUACUAACCUUUCAGUACAGACACUGCGUUCCUCAACAGAGGAGACAAGACUGCUCAAAUGUACUGUGAAAUGAGCCCGAAGUGGAUUUCACAUGACUUGGAAUCUGUUGAAAUUGUGGAACUCAAAACUAGAGUAAAGGGCAUUGGAGAAACAGCUGAUAGUGCCUUGACAGUUGACUGAUUCCACUUAGUCAAUCUGUAUGGAUUGUCCUACUUUCACAAUCAUCAAUAGUUGCCACAGCUACAGUGUACUCCUGAGUGGCGCAGUGGUCUAAGGCACUGCAUCGCAGUGCUAACUGUGCCACUAGAGAUCCUGGUUCGAAUCCAGGCUCUGUCACCGCCAGCCGCGACCGGGAGACUCAUGGGCGGCGCACAAUUGGCCCAGCGUCGUCCAGGGUAGGGGAGGGAAUGGCCGGCAGGGAUGUAGCUCAGUUGAUAGAGCAUGGCGUUUGCAACGCCAGGGUUGUGGGUUCGAUUCCCACGGGGGGCCAGUAUAAAAAAAAAUAUGUAUUCACUAACUGUAAGUCGCUCUGGAUAAGAGCGUCUGCUAAAUGACUAAAAUGUAAAUGUGAAAUGUAAUCAGUGUGUUAGUCGUUCUGACAAUCAAUCUGACAGCUAUCUGAUAAAUCAGUCACUUCCCUGUUUACAUUCUCAACAUGUUACAACAACAUCCACUACGUAUCUACCAUGAAUCCCUAACACACUCAAAUAAAUUACAUUCAAUUCACAACCCUUUGUUGACAUUAAAUGUGUAAGAAAGAACUCACAUUGCCAAAAUGCCAAAGCAAACGGAACAUUCUCUCUCUCCAUCUCUCCCUAGUGUCAGGUUGUGUAGCAGAGCUGCAGGGGCGUAUGCGUGCCCUUCAAGGGGAGCUGAAGGCUGAGUGUGAACGGUUCAGACAGACCCAGGACGCUCUAGCCAACGCCAGGAGAGACCUGACCACCAGAGAACAGAGUCUACAGAGGACAAAGGACGAACUGAGCCUCGCUCACACGCGCAUCUCACAGGAGAGCGAUCGGGUUUGGAUACACACACACUUACACUGUAUGAAACACACAGGCAUGAGUGACUGCCAAACACACUGCACGCAAGAGUGUGACUGCCAAGGCAGAGGGACACAGUCACACCUAUCACAUUGUUAUACUGUGUGCCUCCUCUCCAGGCCCAGUCGUUGGAGCAGCGUGUGAAGCAGUUGCAGGAGGAACUGAAGUGUCAGAGACAGAACACUGAGAGCAGCCGGCUGCAGCACCAGCAACGCACCAGAGACCUGGACAAACAACACCAGAGGGUGAGGAGAAGGGAGAGAGGCUGUGUGUGCGUCUGAACCUCUCAUACGCUCCUGUAGCUACCCACCCAGCUGUGAUGGUGUGUAAGGUGAUAUGGGGAAAAGUCUAGUGUCAACUCCGUGUGUGUAUUGAGUUCAAAGUGUUAAAGCAUUCGGUUAUUAAAACAUUAUCCCUCUAUUCCCCAAAUAGUGCUCUACUUUUGACCUGGGCCCAUAGGGUAGUGCCCUACAUAGUAGAGAAUAGGAUGCCAUUUGGGACACAGAUGGGGAUUCUGUCUACUCUACUGAUGAUGCCCAUGAUGUUGGGUGUAUUGCAGGACUUGUUGGAGCUGCAGAAAGAGUGUCAGUCUGUGGAGAAACAGCACCAGCUGGAUGUUAACAAACUGAACCAGGAAGUCCAGCAGGCCAGGACACUACACAACACACUACAGGCCCAGUCUGAGAAGGUACUUCACUGUUUCAAAAUGUCUUGUCUGAACUCUUUGUUCUCUACUUUCUUACCUCUUGUUCUCUCCCUUUUCUCUCUCUCUUUCUCUCUCCCUUCUCAGUCUCACACAAUGGAGUUCAGCUAUGUGCUGCUCUCAAGGUCAAUGAACUAAUGUUUCUCUUCUCUUUCUUGACCUUGCGUGUUGUUUUCUUUCUUGCUUUCUGUGUUUCUUUUCCUCCCAUCUUGGUUUGUCCCAGUGGAGUGUUGAGCGGUGAAGGUAAUACUGGUGUGACUGACUGUGUUCAGAACCUUUUGACUUGAUCUGCUGUUGUCAUCUGGGAAACAUAACUCACCUUGACAUAGUCAUCAUUGUCAUCCAAGGAGGGGUGGAGGCAUGAGGGAUAUUUACACUAGAGGCUGGAUGAGCAUGUGGCGGUGCAUGAAGGUUAAGGAAUGGUGUGUUUUUGGUGUGCAUUUCAAAAUGGCUGUACAUUACAAUAAAAGAGAUGCUUGGCUAUUCCAGGCUAACAUGUGCUACUUAAUACUUACUGAGAAGAUGUCCCUUCCCCACCUCUACACAUGUCUAGCUUUUCAAGCUCUAAUUCAUGAAUGAUAAACAAUGAAUCACUUUCAGUUUCUCCAGUCAGUCACCACGGUCUAGUAAAACAACCGCAGGCCUGCCCUCAGUAAUGUAUCGCAUCUAGUUCAAUCUGAUAAGGCAUUACUUGGUUAAGUCCCAAAUGAUACCCUAUUCUCCUUAAUAGUGCACUACUUUUAACCAGGGCACAUAGAUGUGGAAUAGGGUGCCAUUUGGGACACAUCCAUUCUCUUCCUCACUCUCGAAUACACACUGAACACAAUACAGCUACAGUUCAUAUGGUUUAGCUAGCUGCGGCAAAUCAGAUUGACAUAAUAUUGUAUUACUGAUAAGCUUUUUAAUCUGCUCACGUGUUGCUUUUAAAGUGGCCACUUAUGUUAUGAGAGUUAAACGGACCAAAGACUGUAGGGCUUUGUCUGAGCAUGGGGAAUAUAAGCAUGUGUAUUCCAGACCAGUGAAUGCCACAACAAUGACAUUGCACAAAUUGAUUAACCUCAAAUUGGUUGAUCAAAUGAUCCAUUUGUAGGGGUAUUCAUCAGUUGUGUUUAUCCAUGGCAUGGAAGUGGAUCCAAUGUUUUGAGUGUUACAUCAUGUAAGUAAGAAAUCAUGUUUACAUGUAGUUUGCUGUGUAUCUGAUGGAUUUGAUCGUUUUCCCAUCUGUCUGCUUGGUGUGUAGCUAACUGCACAUUGUGUGGCUGUUGAUUCAUCAGAGAGAUGUUUUCAUCCUAGAAUAGGACCUGUCCUUUAGAUGGAUACAACAUGACCUGUCCUUUAGAUGGAUACAACAGGACCUGUCCUUUAGACGGAUACAACAGGACCUGUCCUUUAGAUGGAUACAACAUGACCUGUCCUUUAGAUGGAUACAACAUGACCUGUCCUUUAGAUGGAUACAACAUGACCUGUCCUUUAGAUGGAUACAACAUGACCUGUCCUUUAGAUGGAUACAACAUGACCUGUCCUUUAGAUGGAUACAACAUGACCUGUCCUUUAGAUGGAUACAACAUGACCUGUCCUUUAGAUGGAUACAACAUGACCUGUCCUUUAGACGGAUACAACAUGACCUGUCCUUUAGACGGAUACAACAGGACCUGUCCUUUAGACGGAUACAACAGGACCUGUCCUUUAGACAGAAACAACAGGACCUGUCCUUUAGACGGAUACAACAGGACCUGUCCUUUAGACGGAUACAACAGGACCUGUCCUUUAGACGGAUACAACAGGACCUGUCCUUUAGACGGAUACAACAGGACCUGUCCUUUAGACGGAUACAACAGGACCUGUCCUUUAGACGGAUACAACAGGACCUGUCCUUUAGACGGAUACAACAGGACCUGUCCUUUAGACGGAUACAACAGGACCUGUCCUUUAGACGGAUACAACAUGACCUGUCCUUUAGACGGAUACAACAGGACCUGUCCUUUAGACGGAUACAACAUGACCUGUCCUUUAGACGGAUACAACAGGACCUGUCCUUUAGACGGAUACAACAGGACCUGUCCUUUAGACGGAUACAACAUGACCUGUCCUUUAGACGGAUACAACAGGACCUGUCCUUUAGACGGAUACAACAGGACCUGUCCUUUAGACGGAUACAACAGGACCUGUCCUUUAGACGGAUACAACAGGACCUGUCCUUUAGACGGAUACAACAGGACCUGUCCUUUAGACAGAAACAACAGGACCUGUCAUUUAGACCGAAACAACAGGACCUGUCCUUUAGACGGAUACAACAGGACCUGUCCUUUAGACGGAUACAACAGGACCUUCCUUCCAUUGUUUCCUUUUGCCCUUUCCUCAAGAGUUAGUAGAAAAACUUCCUUUUAUAUGUAAUCUUCUCAUAGUCCUCCCCAGUCCCCACCUUUUCCUUAGUGAGUACUUCCUUCCUCAAUUAUGGAGUAAUAUUCCUGUACUUCAUCUCUCUCCCAGGUGUCCCUUCAGAAGCAGGCGUUGGAGAGGGAUGUAGACGCUCUGAAAGAGAAAGUCAAAUGGACUGAGGGGGAACUGAAGGAGAGCCAGAAGAAAGAGUCCCAAACGCAAGACAAACUAACGGUAUAGACACACAAUUAUGAACUGCAGACGGACAGACUCUUGUGUCCUUGGUCUAGACACGUCAAUGUAUUAUGCAUGAACUUAGCAGUGGCCACGUUAUGAAGUCACUGAAUCAUUUAGCAGUAUCUGUUUAAGUCCAUAUGUUAUUGCUAUUGAAUUGGCUUCUGUUAUCUAAAGAAUAGGUUGGUUAUUAAAAGUUGCAUAGUUAUUACAUAAGUUAUUGACUUCAUGCAUGUGAAUGUGUGCUGUUUCUCUCCUAUUGCUCUCCUAUAGGAGUCGGUGCGUGAGAGGGAGGGGCUGAAUGUAACACUGGAGCAGAACAGGAGGAGAGAGAAGAUACUGGAGGAGGAGGUGAAGAAGCUGACUGAGGAGCUGGCUGAGGCCCUCCGACGCAUCACAGAACUAGAAGGUGAGGGGGAGGGUGGGAGGAGGGCUGUUGUUGAUAAUGGGAUGUUUACCCUUUAUGAAAAGAGACAAUAGACAAUGCUGUUGCCUGAAAUUGACAUGUUUGAGUUAACAAAAGAGUGAAAUCCUACACCAAACCGUUUAUGACUUUCAGAAUACUUUUUUUCUCACUAACUUCCUUUGAGCUGCACAAGCUAUCAUUGUGUUACUGCUGCCACCUGCUGACCUUCAGUGGUAUGACACCCUAACAAUCCAGUUUAAAUUAUAAUAAUAAUAAAAUAAUAAUUAGUAAUUUGGUUUAUUUGUCUCUCCCUUGUUUCUUGCCCUAUUCCCCUUUCCAGACCAGAAGACAGUCCAGCCCUCUGCUGCUCCAAUGGCUCCAGUCCCGUUUAGCCCUGCAGGACAGAGCUUUGCCCUGGUCUCACCCCCACGACAUGGCCGCCCCACCCCACACACACCCUCGGCUCAGACCAACAGACCUGCCAGAGAGGAGCGAGCGAGGGAGGAGGAGGAGAGAGGGAAUGAGGAACGGAGAGCAAAGUACCCCACAGAGAGAGAACCUGGAGAGGGCAUCGACUCAGAACACAUCACUGCGUUUGGAUCCACAGACUCUGAAAAACGACAGAGGGCAGGAGAGAGGGGGAGCGGGGAGGAGAGGAAACGAGAGAAUGAGAGAAAAGAGGAGGCAGAGUCGGUAGUAGAUGGCUGCAUCCCUGGAAAGGAAACAUCCACCAAGGACAAAAACGCACUCAACACACCGAGCUCUCUUUCUCCAACAGACCAAAGUCCCCACCUCACCAGCUCUGCUAGCUCCGACACAGACUACGAGAGCGAGACCCUGUCCAGCCACUCCAAACCCCGAGCCCAGACCACCAGGGCUGAGGGAGACCUACAGAGGGAGAACAGAGAGCUGCGUUCAGAGCUGCAGGACGUUAAGGAUGAGUUACAAAGGAGACUGGAGGAUCUGGAGACCCAGCGCAGAGCGGAGGCCGAGGCCAGGACCAGGCUCAAGCAGCUCAGCCGCAAACACGCCUCCCAGGCUGAGACCACCAGAGAGACGGAGGAGGAGAGGGUCGAGAUGGGGAGAUUGAAGGAGGCACUGGCUGAACUUGAGAUAAAGGUCAGGAGAGAUGCAGAGGAAAGGAAAGAGAGGGAGAGAGAGGACCGGGAGUCUGAAAGCAUGCUGCUGAACCUCCAGCUAAAGAAGCAGCUGGCUGAGUUGAAGACGGAGCUCUUGAUAGAACAGGAGGAGAGAGAAAGAGGAAAGGAGGAGAGGAAGAGAUUGAAAAACAAAGGGACAGAAGGAACGAUCGACCUGACUGUCAAGCUGGAAGAGCUCCUGGCAGAGUUGGAGGAAUUGAAGAACCGUGAAUGUCUUGAAGUGAAGAACGUGGUAGAUAAAAACACCCCUCUGACAUAUCUCACCCUGCACCAAGACAUCAACUCUAACUCCAACAACAACAAGCUACUACCAUCUCCAGACCAGCACCAUCUCCUGUGUGAGUCCACCACUGUCUCGCAGGCAACAACAGCUGAUCUGAUCCGGGAAGAAGGAACUCUGACCAAAGCGCCAGAACUCUCCAAACCUAUUGGUGAGGGAGAGACCAUUGUGGAGGCCCAGAGGAGUGUGUCUGCCUCUGAGCUGGGUGAAACCACUGUGGAAGCCGAGAAAGGGAUAUCUUCCUCAGACCAGGGAGAGACCUCAGACAUGGAGAAAACCCCAGUGGAGCUCCAGAGUGGAGGCCUCUCUGCCUCAGAGCUAGCCCAGGAGGUGGAGCGUCUGCGGGGGGAGAGUGCCAGGGAGGCUGGGCGAGCCAUGCACACCCAGGCCAAGCUGGAGGCUCUACAGAGCCAGGUGACCAGGCAGACCCAGCAGCUGACCCUGGCCUUCGACCACCAGAGCAGACAUAUCCAGGACCUGCUGGCAGAGCUGCAGGAGAAGGAGGGCAGACUUCUCAGGCAGGGACAGGAACUGCAGCGCUGCAGAGAUGAACUGGCCACGCUUAGAGAGGAGAGGGAGAGACCGGAGAGGGAGACAGAGAAAAGGGAGGAAGAGAGACAGAAGGAGGAGCUAGAGGAAGGUAGGGCCACUAUAACCCCUCAGCAGGCUGACCAUAACACAGAUAUACAUCAGAUCACCCAUAGCACUCAGAAUGAGUCUGCCUCUGGGAUAGAAGAGAGUACAGACAUAACAAUGAAACCACUGAACACUACCCAGGCUUCCUCUACACUUUGUGAUGAGGGAGGUCAGCUGACCACUCCACAGAAAAACGGUGUCACAGAAUCGCAUGAUGUAACAGAUAGCACUACCACCCUGGGCAGCCAUCCUGCUGAACAUAAUACAGAGAAGAUGGUGGAUUCUAAGGCUUCUGCCCAGCCAGGCAGGAGUGAAGAGACAAAAAACAAAGAGAAAUUCAUAUCUGACAAUUUAACUGUCGUAUGUUCCAAAGAGCAGAUGGAACAGUCUGAGAGUUCUGAGAUGAAACACAUCCGUAGUGAAGAACAACAUUCAACCAAGGACAGCCCUGCCUUUAAGAGAGGUACUGAGGAGUUGCAGCUAUCCCAGAGAGACCUGAGUACUGAGAACACACGUCUUACUGCAGAGCUGGAGAAAGCUUCUGGUCCUAUCAGCAGGCCAGAAGACACCAGUGGACAGGAGAGAAAAGAUAGUGGAGGAGAGAGUCUUGCUGAAGAGCUGCAGUCUCUAAAACAGAAGAACCAACUGCUGAAAUUGAAACUUCAAGAUGUGGCAAACACAGACGGAGAAACUAGUUCUGUCAGUAACACAACACUAGCAGCCUCCUGUGGAGACCAGGCUGAAAGAAAAGCAAAGGGAAGGAAAAGAAAGAACCAGAGAGGAGGACAGGAAGUUAUCUCCACCUCUGGAGAGCUAGAGCACGUCAGUGACAUCACCUCGGGACGGGAGGCCACACUGCAGGAUGGAGGGAAACCCAUAGACAAGGAGAGAGGGGGAGUAGAGUCGGAAGGAGAGUGGGAGACGGAAGCUGGGGAUGAGGAGAGAGGGGGAGUAGAGUCGGAAGGAGAGUGGGAGACGGAAGCUGGGGAUGAGGAGAGAGGGGGAGUAGAGUCGGAAGGAGAGUGGGAGACGGAAGCUGGGGAUGAGGAGAGAGGGGGAGUAGAGUUGGAAGGAGAGAGGGAGACGGAAGCUGGGGAUGAGGAGAGAGGGGGAGUAGAGUCGGAAGGAGAGUGGGAGACGGAAGCUGGGGAUGAGGAGAGAGGGGGAGUAGAGUUGGAAGGAGAGAGGGAGACGGAAGCUGGGGAUGAGGGGAGAGGGGGAGUAGAGUUGGAAGGAGAGAGGGAGACGGAAGCUGGGGAUGAGGAGAGAGGGGGAGUAGAGUUGGAAGGAGAGAGGGAGACGGAAGCUGGGGAUGAGGGGAGAGGGGGAGUAGAGUUGGAAGGAGAGAGGGAGACGGAAGCUGGGGAUGAGGAGAGAGGGGUAGUAGAGUCGGAAGGAGAGAGGGAGACGGAAGCUGGGGAUGAGGAGAGAGGGGUAGUAGAGUUGGAAGGAGAGAGGGAGACGGAAGCUGGGGAUGAGGGGAGAGGGGGAGUAGAGUUGGAAGGAGAGAGGGAGAUGAGGGCAGGGGAUGAGACUCUACUAGACACUACUCCACUGGCUCCACUCCAGAUAACCUGCCUAGAGAAGCAGGUAGGUUUAUUUACGCUAAAUCUUACUGUGAAAGUAGUUAUCAAUGUAAGUUACCAUAAAUACUUGAACAAUUUCCUCUCAUAUCUUAAGCAUGUGGUUGUCCACAAACCCUAAUACAGAAUGCUUUAUACAAGCUUACUAUUUUGAAUAAAUUGAUUUUGAACUUCUCCUGAAUGUUAUUCUCUCUCUCCCCUCCUGUCCAGGUGGUGGCGCUGCAGGCUGAACUGCAGUCUCUCUCUGAGGAGAACCAGAGGCAGGCUGAGGAGCUGGCAUUGUGGAGGCUGAUGGUCCAGCCCCCCUGUCUGGACCCAGAGGACCCCACCGCUGCUACCCUCAGCCCUGGACACAACACUGCUACCCUCAGCCCUGCUACCCUCAGCCCUGGACACAACACUGCUACCCUCAGCCCUGGACAACACAACAGUGUGACGGUGAUCAGAGAGGAUGAGCUGCUUCUCUCCUGUACCUCCAGUAGACUGUAUGGUAGGACCCUGGCCUCAAGGUAACACACAGGGGCUACGCACAAAUUCUUGAUUGACAUUUGCAAUGAACGGUUUUUGUUAUUCAUUUAAUUAAUCUGGUUGUAACACUUUCUGUGAUGAGUAGUUUUCAUGUUCUGUCUAUGGAGGUUUCAAAGUUUGAAUCUAAAUUUGAUUGAUCUUUUUUUAUUGGUCCAGACUGCAUCACUGCAAUUCUAAUGAAGCAAAGAGUCUCCAAAACUCAUCCAGAAAGACCAAAUCUACACAUCACCAAGAGACGGAAAAACUGACCAAUGAACAUAGAGAAGAUGGCAGAGAUGAAGAACCAGAUGUUCCCCAGACCUCAGAGCUCCAGACCAAGGCAACAGAGCACGCUAACCAAGAUCAUCCAGAAAACAAGACCAAUCCAAACACUCCCAGAGCAACAGAUGAAACCCAGACCAAAGAAAUCAGCUCAAGGCACAAUCUAGACGUCAUAGAACUAGAUAACCUCAUAGAGUUCCCCACUCUAUCUCUCGCUGAGGCUCAAUCCACUGAAUCACAGUCCUCUGAAAUCAACCAUCCCAGUCACCAUCAAGAGGAACCAAUCUCCACUGGUGUUGAGAAUAAAAAUCACUCCUCAGUCCGUAGAAAAGUCACCACCACAACCACCACAUCAGAGUGGCAAACUGAGAGAACGAUAGUGGAGACCAAGGUUCUGAGUUCAAAGGUCAUACCAGCAGGAUGGACAGGUCAAGAGAGAUUGACCUCUGUAGAGGUGAGGAGUACCAGCUCUCAGACAGAGGAGGGGGGAGCAACAGGAGUCUGGACACCGACACAGCCGCCUCCUCCUCCAGCCACUCUACCAGAAACACACCACGUAUACACACAGACGGAGGAGGAGGAAGAGGAGGAGAAUGAUGAAGAACCCACAGAAUCACCCCCUGUGUCACCAGUCCAGAUGUCUGAGGCCGAGGGGGACAGGAUAUUGUUUUCUGGUUCCUUCCCGAUCCCUGCCGACCCAGCCCGUCUGGCGGAGCGUAUCCGUCGUAACCGGACUCAGAUGUCUGCAGCGUACGAUGAUACGGAGUACGAACCCUACGGCCUGCCCGAGGUGGUCAUGAAAGGUGAGAAGAGCGGGGACAGGGGUGGUGUUUUGUUGAUGCUGUAUAUUUGAAUGUCACAGCUAAGGGGGGUUGUUACUGUUGGCCAGAGGUGAAACCAAUGUAUUUUAUGAUCCUAAAAUACUGUUACAAUCAGCUUACCAUUCUUUACCACUGUGGGUUAUCAUAAGAUCUGUGUUUGUAUUUUCCACUAGUUACAAAUACAACUCUCCCAUACUUGCUAUGACAGCCGCUCAAAGCAUCAACCCUUCUAACCAAACCAACUCUCCAUCAGACCCUACAGACAUAACAGAUAUGAGCUUAACCUGUGGGAUGGGAACAACCCAUGUCUUCCUCCUACUACCCCUAGUAAACAUACCACCUCCCCACUAGCAUUAUAUAAACACUACUAAAUGUUCACAUUGCUCCUUCUCUCCCUCCUCCAGGUUUUGCUGACAUCCCCAGUGGUCUUGCCUGUCCGUACAUCGUGAGGAGGGGGCUCCUGGGUACUGCUGCUAUGCCCCGCCCCCGGAGAGACUCCGGCCAGAGUGAGGGGGGGCAGGGGGACCCUGAUUAA